UGUGAUGUUAUGUGAUGAGAUGAUAUCUGAUGAGAUGAUGAUGUGCUAACAUGAUAUGUGAUUGAUGGUGCGCACGGCGUGAGGCUUUGGUGCGCAGCUGCUGCAUCUUCUACCCUCUAUCCCUCCUCCCACUCCUCCUUCCCAUCCCUUCUUCCUACCCCUCCUUCCUUAACUCCUGCACUUGUUGCAGCGCGGCGAUCACGUGACCGCGCUGCGCUUUGAACAGGCGUCAUAAAUAUGCAGCGGAGCGCGCGCGAUGCACAGCCCGAAGAGCCGCCGCACACGCACAGCGCGCGCUCCGCUCCCGGUGCGCCAAAGACCUGAGAGCGCGUGCAGUUUCGUUUCUUUUCUUUUUUUACACGUUUAAGCGUGUACAAUGUAAGUUUUUUAACAUCAUAUAGAGAUUUUUAUGUGAUUGGAUUAUUCUUUGGAGACGACCGGAGAACCCGGAGAUACCCAACAUCUGCGGGAACUAUGUGAAGGUUUCCUGAAACAUCCUCGGCCACAUUGUUCCCUCCUCAGCGGCAGACAUGAAGUCUGUUCUGGAUGGCGUGGCAGACACCACCUUCAGGACGAUCACCUCUGGGCUCCAGUACCUUGGGUCCAACGACGCCAGCUACGAUGACCCUACUAUCGACGCCGAUUUUGUCAAAGGCAGCUACUCGUUUCAGAAACCACCAUCUGCAUUCCGCAGCAGCUCCUUCUCGGAUAAAAUCGGGCCGGACGAGGAACUUAUCAUCAAAGGGCUUCCCUUUUAUCCCACCAACGGCACUGAUCUUUUUGGGAACCAGAGCCUGGGUGAGGAAGGGGCGAGUGUGCAGUGCGGGGAAAACUUCAUGGACAUGGAGUGCUUCAUGAUUCUGACUCCGAGUCAGCAGUUGGCUGUGGCAGUCAUGUCUCUGACCCUGGGGACCUUCACGGUUUUGGAGAAUCUGGUGGUUCUGUGUGUGAUCUUGCACUCACGCACACUGCGCUGCAGACCUUCAUAUCACUUUAUUGGUAGUCUGGCUGUGGCAGAUUUGCUGGGUAGUGUCAUUUUUGUGUACAGUUUCUUGGACUUCCACAUCUUUCGCCGCAAAGACAGUCCCAACAUAUUCCUGUUUAAGCUUGGGGGUGUCACGGCGUCCUUUACCGCCUCGGUUGGGAGUCUGUUUCUCACAGCCAUCGAUCGAUAUAUCUCAAUCCAUCGUCCGCUGGCCUACCGGCGCAUCGUGACGCGAACCAAGGCAGUGAUUGCUUUCUGCAUGAUGUGGGCCAUUUCCAUCAUCAUUGCGGUGCUUCCACUGCUCGGAUGGAACUGCAUACGCUUGAACUCUGUAUGUUCAGACAUCUUCCCGCUCAUCGACGAAAACUAUCUGAUGUUCUGGAUCGGUGUGACCAGCGUCCUUGUGAUUUUCAUCAUCUACGCAUACAUGUACAUCCUGUGGAAGGCCCACCACCAUGCGGUUCGAAUGCUAAGCCGGACCUCGCAGAAAAGUCUGGUGGUUUAUUCCACGGAUGGCACCAAGGUCCAGACCCCCCGACCCGAGCAAGCUCGGAUGGACAUUCGCCUUGCCAAGACGCUCGUUCUCAUUCUGGUGGUCCUGGUGAUCUGCUGGGGUCCCUUGCUGGCCAUCAUGGUCUACGACCUUUUCUGGAAGAUGAACGACGACAUCAAGACGGUGUUUGCUUUCUGCAGCAUGCUCUGCUUGCUUAACUCCACCGUGAACCCCAUCAUUUAUGCACUGAGGAGUAAGGAUCUGCGCCGGGCCUUUUUGGCCACCUGUCAAGGCUGCAGGAGCAGCAGCAUCACGCAACAGUUGGAUAACAGCUUGGAGUCAGACUGCCAGAAUCGCCACCUGCAGAUCCACGCCAACCGGGCGGCCGAGAGCUGUGUCAAGACCACUGUGAAAAUAGCCAAAGUGACCAUGUCCGUUUCGACCGACACUUCCGCCGAAGCUGUCUAAUGCCCUAGAAAGUUCUGGGGCAUGAAAAAGGGAAGGAAUCAUAAAAGCCAUGUGCUAAAUAUUUUGGCAUGAAAGUGUGUCCAUAUCAAGUUCAGCUGUGGCUCACAAGGGAUCAAGGGGAACUGAUACCGACAAUAAUAGACCAAGGGUUUCAAAUGCAGCACAAAAAAAUGGGCAGUUCAUUCGUUUCCAUUGUUGGAUGAUGUGUGCCAUCAUGGCAUAUUAGUAUUAAAGUGCCAAAAUCCGUUCUCCUGAUGUGAGAGCAUCCUUCUCAAUCAUGGCAUCCGUUCUUGUAUUGGGAUUCCUACCGUAUUCUUUGUGCCAUUUUUCCUCAGUCAUAUCAAUCACGUGUGGAUGUCGUUGAUUGUCCUCAUGAAGGCUUACUACAGUAUAUUUUUAUACUUUGGAAAAGAAAAGAAAAAUCAGGUUCUUGAACAAUUCAAUCUUCUCUCAUUGGGACAAGGGGCUAUCGAUCUUUUUUUCUUAUGAACAUGUUUAAAGAUGUACUGUAUGUAGAUAUUGUAAAUAUCUGGUAAUACACUGUACUAUAUGUAUAAUCUGUUUAGUAGUGCUCAAAUACGAAUCACAGUUCUUUCGAUAUCUGUUAAAUCGAGUCUGUUAGUGAUGGUAGUAAGACGUUCAUAUAGUGAAAAAUUGGCGACUGUACUCCGGAACAAAUAUACAGUAACAUGAAGAGUGUAACUUGAAUAUCGUUCAUUAUUGUGUUCAGUCUUUAUUUAUGUGGUGUUGUUUAGAGGAUUCUUAUCCCAUUGUUGGUUUUGGGUCUCCUCACUUAUUCUGACUGUUUCAGAGGGUUUUCUUUUCCUUUUUUUAAACCAUGAAUCGACUGUUUAGAAAAAAAAAAAAACGUGCUGUACGCUUUGAUGGACUAAUCCAGGAGGAAGAUCAUGGUAAAUCACCAUUGCCUAGCCAGAACAAAGAAUACUUUAGGAGCUGAGAAAAGACAUGGACAUCUUGUGUGUGAAAUCUUGCUAUUCAGUAAUAACAAUAUUAAACUGUAAUGUGGUGUUAUUCCUUGUGGUUUCUGUUACUGGUGUGGCCGAAAAAAAAAAAAAACAUUAAAAAAAACAGGCCAGUUCCUGUUAUGUCUUUUUAUGCAGAAUAUAGCAUAAAAUAAAAAAUAGCAGUCUCUGGAAACAUUUUUCGGGUUCGGACACGAGACUUCGAUAGUUUUAAACGGCAAUACCGAUAACGAUAGUGACAUGUAAAAAAAAAAAAACGUCAGAAAAUAAAAUAAAACAAUCCAGCUGUACCAUGUUUCAUGUAUUGUGGUAUUGAUAGUGAUGAACUCAAUCUGAUACUGUUAUGUAUAGCAUUUUCUGUUUCCUUGGGGGGAAAGAAACCUUAAAGUUAUGGUGUGCUGGCUACACCUUGGAUAUAAAUCAAUCACAGCUGCAGUCGAGUCCUGAGAUAUAUAUAGAUAUAUAUAUCUUUCUUUUUUUUCUUUUUAUAGGUAACUUUCCAAAGUAUGGUAAAUUUUGAAUUCCUAUAGGUUCAGAUUAAAUCUAGUCACAGACUCAGUUAAUAAUUCUACAGUAUAUUAAAUAGCACCUGAAAUAGUUAACAAUUUGCACAAUUGGACCGAAUCCCACUAGUCCUUUGAAAAGAUUAAUCUGCGGGUUAGAACUAGUCAUAUGUAAAUCCGAAUCUUGGCGCAUUUUAUUGACAUUGACAUAUCGCUUGAGCCGCCAUUUACCGCGAACAUUUACCUCGUUGCUGACUUUUCCCUGCCAUCGUUAUGUGUGUGGAGUGGAGAUUAAACACCACCAAACCUUCAAAUGGCUUUUGUUCCAAAGUGGCACAUGAACAUCUGAUACCAUUGACGCUAUGACAACUUGUAAUUAACACUUUGCAAUGUGGUCUGUUUUAAGGUUUUCAAUAAAGUCACAACUGACCAGA